AUGGUCGAUAAUGGUCUUUACAAAAUGCUUGAGGAUCUAGUUGAUGCAAUGAUACGCGAAACUCGAGGCGACGACCCUGACCGACAGAACGCACUCAACUUGCUUCUUGACAGAGUUGUUCGACGCGGCGAGAUAGAUGAAUCUACGAACUUAGAAAAUAUAGCCCGUCGAGAUGACCUAUUGCGUCGCUUGGUCGCGAGUGGCGCCAGACUUGAUCCUGAAGAAGCACCUGCAAUUGCCGAGAAAAAUGGGCACAUCAUACUAUUUGUCUUAAGAGCAGUCGAACAAAUCAACCCCGACGAAAAUAACGAGGCACUCCGUGCUAUUGUUGAUUGGUGGCAAGAUGAGUAUAAAACGGAAUUCCUCACUCAGCUAAUUCCUAUGUUAAGAGGUCGUAGAGAUGAUCUAGCCCGGUUACUCUACGCGGCGAUUCGAGACGGUAGGCAGGAUCUUUAUAACGAGCUUAUUGAUACACACUCCGCAGGUGCUUGUCAACAAGCUUUGCUUAUGGCAAUUGAGCAUAACGACAUCAAUCUUCUUGAGCGUCUUAUGAGAUUGCCUAACAAUGGGAAUAUCCUCGGCAACGGCACUCCUCCUAACAACGGGCAUGCCUUACCUGUUUACCCCGCUGAGUUUGAUUUUGACUCCGUGGAUCAUAUCGCGAUUCAAGGACACAACAUCCUAGAAGGCGCGUUGGUCCUGCGUAACUUUGAUGCAGCCCUUUUCCUUACUAAUAACGGCUUCUCGACGACAAUUAACAACGAUGUGAUGGAGCGAGUCCAGAGGGGCGUUCAGGAACUCAGGGGCAUCAUAGAACCGAUGAGUGCCGCGGAUUUAGAGAAUGCUGGUGACCCUCCACUUGAUUCCCGGCGCAUAUUGCCAAUCUAUGACGGUAGACCCGAAGACGAAGAGGCACAAAGACGAUUUCGAGCGACCGUUGCAACGUUUGAGACGGUUGCGAAUCGACUCAAACCUGCCGACGAAACGAUCAUUAAGGACUUUGGGUCGUUAUCUUUAAAUAACAAGCCCGAUGGUCCUGACGUUAAUAUAGCGAUUGUGGGUGCUGGGCCGCGCGGUAUCAGCGUUCUAGAGCGUAUGUGUGCAUCUGUACCGUAUAUCCUCGCCCCGAACGCUCACCUUACAAUUCAUAUGAUUGACCCGUUCCCGCCGGGGGCUGGUAGCGUAUGGCGUACGGACCAACCAACACAGCUAAUAAUGAAUACUAUCGUAUCACAGAUGACCAUGUACACCGACCAGAGUGUGACUUGUGCUGGACCGAUACGCCCAGGGCCGACCUUAUAUGACUGGCAGAUGAAUGCACCUGAGGGAUCACGAUUAGGUCCUAAUGACUACGCAACCCGUGCUCUAUAUGGCCGGUACUUAAGAUGGGUCUUUGAUCAAAUACAAGUUCACGACAAAGACAAGGUAAAAAUUGUAGUACACACUGCCAGCGCGGUUAGCCUCGAUCAGGAACCGGAUGGGCGCCAGGUUCUUACCCUUUCCACUGGCGAUUCACUAUCCGGCCUUUCUGCUGUAGUCCUUGCCCAGGGACACCUGCCACUAAUCCCAAGCCCAUAUUUGCUCGAGCUUGCUACAUUUGCUGAACAGAACCGUCUGUGUUAUAUACCACCAGCAAAACCGGCCGAUGUUGACCUCUCUUCUAUCCAUCCCAACCAACCGGUCCUGGUGCGUGGUCUUGGUCUCUCUUUCUUUGAUUACCUAGCUAUGCUUACCGAGGGCCGCGGCGGCCGCUUCGGACGCACAAUCUCUGGUUAUCGAUAUAUUCCCUCGGGAAAUGAGCCGCGAAUAUAUGCUGGCUCACGCCGCGGUAUCCCAUACGUUUCUCGCGGCGACAACAAAAAACCGCCCCUCCAGAGCCAUACUCCACUUCUACUCACCGAGGACGUAAUCGCUGCUUUCCGUAACCUUGCUGAGUCCGGUAACCCACCGGAUUUCCAGGAACAUGUAUGGCCCUUUCUUGCGAAGGAGGUAGAAACGGUGUACUACGAAACUAUGUUGGGAGCGAAUAACCCAAAGCGUCUUGACUUCCGGGCCGAGUUCCUUAGUGCCCAUCCAGGCAGUGCUGAAGAGACCCAAGUUCUUGACAAGUACAACAUACCCGUGACCAAUCGCUGGUCCUGGGAGUACAUGUCACGACCGUACGAUAGGUAUACCUUCACAUCGGCCGAAGCCUGGCAAAACUGGCUGCUGGGUUAUCUAGACGAGGAUAUCCGGCAGGCUACGCUUGGGAACGUCGAGAGCCCUCAGAAGGCGGCUAUUGAUGUACUACGCGACUUGCGCAAUCACGUGCGCCAAAUCGUGGAGUUCGGAGGAAUUUCAGAUAUUUCUCGCGAACAGCAAUUCAACUCGCACUUUUCGUCACUUAAUGCCCACUUGGCUAUCGGUCCGCCGCGAAUGCGCAUCGAGCAGUUGGUUGCGCUAAUUAAAGCUAACAUAGUAACUAUUAUCGGUCCGGAGUUGGAAGUUCAAUUUGACAACGGGGCAUGGCUUGCGAUGUCCCGCGAGAUCCCGGACUCAACAGUACGUGUAACCGGUUUAAUAGAGGCGCGCGUAGCGGAACCGAGGCUAUCGCAAACUGCCGAUGGGCUUCUUAGAGGCUUAUUGGAAAAGGGUCAAUGUCGCCCUCACACCAUCAACGGUCACGAGACUGGAGGUUUGGACGUAACGCCUAGUCCGGGCCAUUUAAUCGAUAAUAAUGGCGUCCCACAUCCAAGACGGUUUGCUGUUGGUGUUCCUACGGAGGGUGUACACUGGGUGACUGCGCUUGGGGUUAGACCAGGUAUAAAUUCAGUCUCGCUCUUAGAGACUGACGCUGUCGCGCGGGCUGCACUUAUGGCAAGUUUGUAG